AUGUCAACAGGAAACUUGGGGAACUUGCCUCUAAUCAUCAUCCCAGCAAUUUGUAGAGAAGAAGCUAGUCCAUUUGGAGCACCUGAUAUUUGCCAUGCAUAUGGAAUGUCUUAUGCUUCACUUUCUAUGGCGGUAGGAGCAAUUUUUUUGUGGUCUUAUGUUUACAACAUUGUGCGGGUGUCCUCAACUAAGGUCCCUGAAAGUAUUGGCCCAGAUGAUUCCACUAUCAGUAUGAAGUCUACUGAAGCAACAUCAGAACCUCUCUUAGGAAACCACACCAAAUUGCAACAUCAGAAUCUCUCUGUGGACCAUGCAAAUGAGUUUUUGCUGCCCAGUAAAGGAAAAUUAAAGGUUUUGGAUCAGAUAAAACAAAAUUUAGGGAAGUUUUCAAGAAAGAUUAAUCUGAAUGCGCUAUUUGCACCUUCAACUAUUGGAGCGCUUGCUGGGUUUGUCAUUGGAUUAGUUCCCCUAUUCCGAAAGUUAAUUAUUGGUGGUACUGCUCCUCUUCGCGUGGUCCAAGAUUCUGCUUCCUUGCUGGGGGAUGCAGCAAUUCCAACUGUCACACUGAUAGUGGGAGCCAACCUUCUAAAAGGUCUAAAAGGGUCAGGAAUUCAGCUGUCUCUAAUUGUUGGAAUAAUCGCAGUUCGGUAUAUUUUCCUGCCUCUGUUGGGUAUUAUUAUUGUUAAAGGGGCAAUUCAUUUUGGCCUGGUGCAAGCAGAUCCGUUAUAUCAGUUUGUUCUUCUUUUACAAUUUGCUCUUCCACCAGCAAUGAAUAUAGGAACAAUUACUCAAUUGUUUGGAGCUGGCGAGACUGAAUGUUCUGUUAUUUUACUGUGGACAUACACCUUGGCAUCAGUUGCAAUGACUCUUUGGUCAACCUUCUUCAUGUGGCUAGUAGCUUGAUUUUAAUCUCUGAUCUUCGCCCAGUAUGCACCUUAAUCAAUUGCUUGACACCACAUAAGAAUUUCUAUGGUAUGUUCAACUCUUCUCGGUCUGGAUGGAAUUAUGCUCCUCCUGCCACUGUAUCUCUCUCAGGCUGACUGUAGACCUUAGGACCUAAGUAAUGCAUUUGUUAAUGCUUUGCUAUUUAUGCUUUUAAAAAUCUCUUCAGUGAAACCUUUUUUUUUGAUAAACUUCAGUGAUACUUGAAUGCUUUG